AUGGCCUGCAACGGCGCCCCCAACCCUACCUCUCCCACCAGCGUCAUCCACACCGUCCAGGCCGGCCAGGACGUCACCGCCCUGUGGCGCUACAUGCUCAGCACCACCGGCACCGGACCCGCCGACAUUAUGGACAGCACCCACAAGGGCCCCACGCUGGCCUACCUGAAGAAGGUGUCCAGCGCCACCUCCGACAGCGGCAUCGGUGACGGCUGGUUCAAGAUCCAGGAGGACGGCUUCACCAACGGCGUCUGGGGUACCGAGAAGGUCAUCAACGGCCAGGGCAAGCACACUAUCCGCAUCCCCGAGUGCAUCGCUCCCGGCCAGUAUCUCCUCCGCGCCGAGAUGAUCGCCUUGCACGGCGCCGGCAGCUACCCCGGUGCUCAGUUCUACAUGGAGUGCGCUCAGAUCAACGUUGUCGGCGGCACCGGCACGGCCAACCCGGCCACUGUCAGCUUCCCCGGCGCCUACAAGGGCACCGACCCCGGAGUCCAGCUGAGCAUCUACUACCCCCCCGUGACCAACUACAUCAUCCCCGGUCCCCGUCCCUUCACCUGCUCCGGCGGCGGCUCCAGCCCUCCUCCCACCACACCUCCCCCUGCCACCACCGCCGCUCCCCCCACCCAGCCUCCUCCCGCCACGACUGCCGUUCCCCCUCCCGCCACUACCGCCGCGCCCCCGGCCACCGGCGGCGCCGCCCAGUGGGCGCAGUGCGGCGGCGUCGGCCACACCGGCCCCACCACCUGCGUCGCCCCCUACAAGUGCAACGUCGUCAACCAGUACUACUCCCAGUGCUACUAG